CUAGGCAAUCAUUCAUUCAGAAUCUCCUCGUUUGUCCGCUAUUGCUUUCAUUACUCUCACUCUCCUUCAAUACUGCACAAGUCCAUUCAUUACUCUUUAUCAUUGCAAAUAUCAAUCAUUACUUUGUCAUUAUCAACACAUCCAUUGUCAAAAUGUGGUCCAGACAGAUCACUGUGCAAAAGGUCUUUGUUCUAGCUUCUGUGCUCCUGGCAUCUGGGGUCUCAGCAGCUGCUAUCCCCGCGAGCCUUCCUGACCCGGCAUCAGUCUCUGUGGCACCAACCAACACGCAAGUUCCUACCGGUCAAGGGGAUGUCAGUCCAGCCUCCAUCUCUUACGAAGGUGUCCCAGACUGUCAGUCUUGCCGUGAAGGCGAAGACAAUGAACAGACUACCGACGAAUCCACAACGCAGGUGAAACGAGAGAGUCAGCAUAUCGCAGCAAGGACCGAGACCAAACAGCUAACACCCGAGGAGGAAAAGGCCGAGGAGGAAGGAGUUAAAAAAUUAAAAGAGGAGGCUUUCGAAAAGUGUCAUGGGUCCGCGGGCUGCGAGACAUUCUAUAUCUUACUGCAUUUAGGGCAGUAGCUCCGUUGGCAGAGCUGGGUAUAAUUGGCGCAAGGCUAAGUGGAAGGUGAUGAGAUGAGAUCAGGGUGAGAUGGACGUGGUACUUGCUAGUACGUGGAGAUUUUCUGUACUUAUUAUGCUCGGAUGAUUACUCGAGUGAAUACUCGAAGUUGAAACCUGUUUCUUUCUUAUUUUCUCGGUCACUAGCGCAGACAUCACAGUGUAGUGGAAUGACCCAAAAUAUCGAAUAUAAUACUACUUAGAAUAUGGCCUAGUC